AUCCCACUAAACCUCUUCGACCUUUUCAUGGGGUUGAAAUGAUAAUUAGAGUAGUAAAGCAGGGAGUUUGGGAAUUUUUAGACGAAGCCAUCAAAGCUUUUGUCAUCGAGCCACAAGCCAGCCAUCAAUAAUUAACCCUAACUUAAAGCCUUGAAGAACACACAUCCUUGAGUUCUUGCACCUCCUCCUCACUUUCAUAAUGACAAGAUAGUAGUAAAGCAGCCGGCAAAAUAGUUUAACGGUUUUUCUAGUGUGUGCUCCGACAUGGGUAAUGCCGGGAAACAAAGGUGGAGAUUCGCAUUUCACUGGUCUCCUACCCACACCAAGAAGCAUCAUCAGCCUCAACAACAAGAAAAACAACAAGAACAACAUGAUCUUCCUCCCAAAGAAUUCUUGUGUCCGAUCACAGGGACUCUAAUGUUCGAUCCUGUCAUCGUCUCGUCGGGCCACACUUUCGACCGCAACUCCGUCGAAGCAUGUCUAUCUCUCUCCUUCACUCCAUCUCUCCCUGACGGCUCCUCACCUGAUUUCUCCACGCUCAUUCCCAAUCUCGCUCUCAAGUCCACCAUCUUGAACCACAUCUUUUCCUCUUCGAUUCGCUCCAAGCCUCUCGACUCUCAGGUUGUUAUCAAGCUCGUGCGAGAAAUGAAACGCAAAACCUCAGCGACUCCAGUUGCUUCCGAGCUCUCACGGUGGCCUAGUCGUCUCUCUUCUAGCAGCUCAAUCGAAUCAGUCACUCCCGCCACGCCUCUGCCGCUAACCACCACCACUCGGCCCUCUUGCUACUCCUCCUCUUCAUGCUCAGACGCCGAAUUAUCAACUCCCUCAGAACAGGAUGAUAAUGGAAUCAUAGCUAAACUCAAGAGCGCUUUAGUAUAUGAACAAGAAGAAGGCGUAGUGACACUACGAAAUAUCACGAGAACAGGGGAGAGCGCUCGCGGUGAGCUCUGUACGCCGCAACUCCUUUCGAGUAUGCGGUCACUCAUGGCCUCAAAAUACGCUUCUGUGCAGGUCAAUUGCGUGGCAGCAUUGGUGAACUUGUCGUUGGAGAAGAGUAAUAAGGUGAAAAUAGUGCGUGCUGGUAUAGUACCCCCGUUGAUCGAUGUUCUGAGAGGCGGAUCCUCAGAGGCGCAAGAGCACGCGGCGGGUGCAUUGUUUAGUUUAUCGCUGGAUGAUCAGAACAAGACGGCUAUUGGGGUGUUGGGUGCUUUGCAGCCGCUUGUUUACACGCUGAGGUCGGAUUCGAGUCGGGCUCGGAGUGACUCCACUUUGGCGCUGUAUCAUUUGACACUUGUGCAGAGCAAUAGAGUGAAGCUUGUGAAGUUGGGAGCUGUGGGGGUCUUGUUGGAUAUGGUGGGUUCGGGGCGUAUGUUGGGCCGGGUACUAUUGGUGCUGGGUAAUUUGGCGACUAGUGUGGAAGGCCGUGCUGCGAUGCUGAAUGGAGGUGCUGUGGGGUGUUUUGUGGACAUGUUGAAGAAGGAUGAGUUUGAUUCGGAAUUGACGAGAGAGAGUUGUGUUGCGGCGUUGUAUGGGUUGAGUUUUGGGGGGUUGAGGUUUAAGGGGUUGGCGAAAGAGGCUGGGCUGGAGGAGGUGUUGCAAAAUGUGGAACAACGGGGGACUGAGCGGGCUAAGGCAAAGGCGAGGCGGAUAUUGGUGUUUAUGAGGGUGAAAUAUGAGGAAGAGGGGGAAGAAGAGACGGUGGAUUGGGAGGAGUUGCUCAACUCCGAAGAGGUGAAUCACACGCAGCUGUGACUCUUGUUUAUGUGACAAUGAGGAAAAAAAUUCUCAUCUCUCCGGUAACAAUGCUUGAUGCAUCUAGCCUGGUCUGGGACUUCUACAACUGAAGUGAAGAAUGUCAGAUGAUGACCUAGCAAGGUUUCUAGCGAUUGCAGGGAUUAUAAGAUGAUGAUGGAACAAGUCGCAAAUGGACUGAAGAACGCGGAUGCUCUCAUCAGCAGACGUCUCGCCAACUCUUGUAUGUUCUUUCUCAUUAACUCCUUCAAGUUCAUCGAAUCAUCGCUGCAAAAGUUUCUACACUGUCAUUAUUUUUGCUAUUAAAUGAUUAAGCUAUCAAAUAUGACACUGUUGGGGAUAUUGUACGGUGUAAUUAACUCUAGUGAGGAUUGUGGGGCGAUAUUGCUAUGACAGUGGGCAAUUGUAGCAGCCAAAGCACCGGAGGUAUCCAUGAUGAACUCAGCUUUAUGCGUCCCUAGGUCCCUUGGUGUCAAAUAGACUUAGUGUUCUAGUGAAGAUUCACUAUAAUAGUUCAAUUAGCUCAGGGUAAAAUUGACCUUCUUGCCAAAUCUUCAUUUUAGCUGAGGAUGUGUCUUGGGUGUCAUGUGAAUUUAUACUAAUUAUGAUCAGGUUUUCUCCUAAUUACUCGAGACAAUGGUCUCUCUGAUUAUUAGAGCAUCUCUGAUGGGAGGCAGCAUUGCGAGUAUGUACUAGAAGGCACUGGUAUUGCCAUUCGGUGGCCUAUGAAAUAGUAUUGUUCAAGUCUGAUUGAUGAGAGAGUUAAAAGUAUACACAUUACGACCAGCCGGGCACAUCUAACAGGAAAGAGCCACGAUUGUUCACACACAAUAGAUUCGUUGAUAGAAAAGAAGUAAUAGAAAAGUCUAAUAUACUAUACCAUGGGAAUAAGAUCUUUUUGGCAUCUACUUUUGCCUCUGUCAUUGUGUCCUGGUGAGCAAAGUCUUUGUGUGACCAUAAAUCCCACAAACCAAAAGCAACUCCGCUCUCUUUUUUGUCCUUGCUCAUUCUGCUUAAAUAUUGUUUACAGUAAUCAAAACAAGUCUCCUUGCAUCUUAUGACACCAAUCUCGUUGAUGCAAGAGUUUUGUACACUGGUAUGGUUUUGUUAAAAUAUAAGUAUAAGAUCCAUAAAAGGGACCUCCUCUAAUAGGUUUAUCGAGUUUAUCAUGCAGAUUCAAUUAGCACUCGGACAUCUGGUGCGGGGAAACAAGCAAAUCUGCUUCAUGUGUGCUAGUUCAAUAAUUAUGUUUUACGUGUUAACAGUGUCUUAGUUUUAAUGUAUUAUUGCUAAGCUGAUCAAAUAAGUGCAUAUAGUUUUAACUUUUAAGCACUUUACAGUGGUUUUAUUGUCACACCACACGUACAUGAGUAUGUAUAAUCUUUAUGGGUUGCGGGGUUGAGCUGCUAAUAUUGACACAUACGUUAAGAUAAAAACUUUAAUAAAGAAGCUUUAUAGUGGCAGAAAUAAACAAAGUAGGCGACGCCUUUACAGAUGUUAUAGCAAAUCAGAUUGUUACUAGUUUUGUGUUCUUUCUAUUUGGAUGGACCUGUUUGCGACAACCCAAGUGCCCCGCCCUGUCUAUCUCACUGGACUUGAAGGCCCGUGUCUUCAUUGUUAUGAAAUUGGUUGUAUCGGCUUAUUGCGGCCCAUCAUACAUAUAUUUCCUUUCACUUGCAUGAUGAACGAAUGAACUGAAUAUAUGAGGACUCGGAAAAGAAGAAGAUUUUUGAUGUGUGGGCCAGUUUUGACAAUAACGGCACAAACAUGUGAUGAUGUGUGAUGGUCAAACGAGAUGGACGUGACUGAGGCGAGAUAAAUCAUAGACGAGAUGAAUUGUUCUGAAAUAGAAUCGUGAAUAGCUCGUCUCAUGCUCGCGACGCGAGAGGCAUAACUAACAAAUCUUUCUAGCAUACUUAACAUAUUCUAAAAAUAGGGAAGUGCAGGCUUGUGCUAGUGAUUUAGUGUUGGAGUGCAAUU